AUGGGUUGUGUUCAAACUAAGGAAAAGAGCAGACCUAGUGAGAAAGUGGUGGAAGGCUUGAAAAAGAAGGUGAGGCUUCUACAGGGGGAGAUCAAUGAAAUAAUGUGCAUCAGAGAAAGUGAAAAUCAAGCUUACGAGCAUGAGUUGAUGGUUUUCGCGUUUAAACAAGCUGAGUGGAGAAGGGAAAGGAGGAGAUUGGAAGACGAGGCAAAGAAGUUGAGGAAGAGAUUAGAAGAAAAAAAGGAGAGGUUGAGAUGCAUGGAGGAAAGUGUCAUGGUGAGUGAAAAAUAUAAUAAUGAAUGGCUAAUAUUCGACAAAAGUUCCAUUUUAGAGCAUAUCAAGGAGGAACAAGCCAGGCGAGACGAGACUGUAGAGAAGUGGAAACAGCUUUAUUUUGCAAUCAAGGUUGAGCUUGAUGAUCUUAUUCAAAGAACACAUCAAGAAGAAAGACUUUGUUGGAAAGGCGAGGAAGAAGAAAUAUUGUUGGAGAUGAAGGAGGAACUGAGAGCCAAGGAAGAAAAAAUUGAAUUGCUACAAGCAAAGUUGGAUUCAUUGCAGCAGAAAGAAUGCAAAAGGGAGAGAGAGAUUAACAUACUAAGACAAAGUUUGAGAAUUAUGAGCCACAGGAAGAAGGCAAUUCGAGCUGUGCAUCAAGGUCACAACCAAUAUCGUUCUCGGCAUCGAUCCAGGCCAAAGGUAGUAGCUGAGUUGAGUAGCUUUGAAGCCUGUCGAUCUACCAAGUUGAGUCGCACACAUUGUCAUUAG